GUCAGUCCUAAUAGCAUUGCAGCCAAGGAUGGACGGAUUCGAGAAGGUGACCGCAUUAUCCAGAUUAAUGGCAUGGAGGUCCAAAACCGAGAGGAGGCUGUAGCAAUUCUUACCCAGGAGGAGCGAACAAACAUUUCUCUGCUGCUGGCUAGGCCUGAGACUGAGCUGUCCAAACGUUGGAAGGACAGUGACCGUGAGGAUUUCUUAGAUGACUUUGGUUCUGACCACGAAGCUGGAAUAAAACCGCAACGGCUGCUUUCUCCCCCAGACCAGCAGGAGGAACCACUGCAAGAAAAGCCUCCUGGGGAUGCAGCCACACCUCUGACUAACAGCCAGGAACUGGACAGUGGAGUUGGCCGGACAGAUGAAAGUACCCGCAACGAGGAGAGCUCUGAACAUGACCUGCUAGGAGAUGAAGCGCCCAGUGCCGCCAACACACCAGGCAGCCUGCGUAAAUUUGGACCUAGCCUCCAGCCUCGGGACUUCCAUUAUAGCAUGGACUCCCUCCUGGCAGGGGAGCUUCCUAGUGCUGUGGGCACAGACCUGAUGCCAGGACUUACCGAUGAAGAGUACGAACGUUACCGCGAGCUGCUAGAGCUCAAGUGUCAUCUAGAGAAUGGCAAUGAACCAGGGCUAGUGAACGCUGCCCUGGAUGUCAACCGCAACGAGGUGGCUCUGCUGGAGGAGGAGCUCCGCCACCUGGAGUUUAAGUGCCGCAACAUCUUGCGAGCACAGAAGAUGCAACAGCUCCGCGAACGCUGCAUGAAGGCCUGGCUGCUUGAGGAGGAAGGGCUGUAUACUUUGGAAGGGGAACCCAAGAAGCACGAACUGUCCGACAUCACUGAACUGCCGGAACGCUCAGAUAAGGACAGCACGAGUGCCUACAACACUGGAGAAAGUUGUCGAAGCACCCCCUUACUGGAAAGCCCCUUGCGUCGCUUGGCCGAGACCCCCAAUCUCAACCGCACAGCUCCUCCUUCCCCGCCACACCCUAAGUUCCGCCGGGAAGAGCGGGUGCGGCGCAGCGCCAAGGCAACUGGGGAAAGCAGUCCUUAUUUGAGUCGACGUCAGCGGGAAGAGCUACCUGCUCCCAUCAGCCCUAUGAGCUUAGCCAGCAUUUGCAAAGACUCGCUUGGGAGCAAAGCAGAACCCCGCAUGGAGUGGAAAGUGAAGGUCCGUAGUGAUGGCACUCGCUACGUGGCCAAGAGACCGGUGAGGGACCGGCUGCUCAAAGCCAGGGCCAUGAAGAUCCGCGAGGAACGCAGCGGCAUGACCACAGAUGACGACGCGGUCAGUGAGAUGAAGAUGGGACGUUACUGGAGCAAGGAGGAACGGAAGCAGCACUUGAUCCGAGCCCGCGAGCAACGGAAACGCCGCGAGUUUAUGAUGCAGAGCCGGCUGGAGUGCUUGAGGGAAAGGGAAGGAAGCGAAGCUAGAGGGGUUUCUGGUGAGGUCAACAUCUUGGCCCUGAGCCACCGUAAAACCAUGAAGAAACGGAGCCGACGUAUCUUGGACAACUGGAUUACCAUCCAAGAAAUGUUGGCUCACGGCACUCGCUCAGCAGAUGGCCGCAGAGUUUACAACCCACUGCUUUCAGUCACUACUGUUUGAGUGUGUAAGAAAGGACACGAGGGAAGCUGCACCAUUGUCUCCUGGCCAGACUGGAGAAAGUAGAAUAAACACAGCUGUUUCCUCCUUGAUUAAUAGGACGAUUGCUCUUUGAACAUACUUGGGACCUUUUACUAUUUGUACUCCGUGGGCUCAAAGAGCCCUCUUCUCUACACCAAAUUUAGAGUGUGACAAAGCCCAGCAUCCCUUCCUGCCUUAAGAACCAGGGGGCGAAAUAGGCCACCAAGCCUGCUAUCAUCGGGAGCCUGCUAGGGAGUGAAGUCUGUUUUCCUGAUGUGUGCACCAUCUAUAUUGAAGGUAACUGUGCAAGUCUCUUGUCCCCUCUCACUUACGGGAAAGCUUUUGCCAAGCUUGGUCCACGCCAAUCCCAUCCUGAAGCACAAAGAACCGAUUCUCAUCUACAGACACUGUGCAGAGCACAAGAAAAGGAGGCUCAUCCCCCAUCAACAGGACCAAUGAACCCUUCCUGUCUUCCCAAAUUGGGAUGUUGUGACAUCUUUCUUCUUUCUCUCUUUCCUCUUUUGUGAUUGUGAUUUUACAUUUUUUAAAUUUCUCCCAGGAUGGAGGUCCGAGCCCUGGAGGCUCAAUCCACAAGUGACCCAAGUGCUCCCUUCCUGCAUUUUCUACCAUGUCACUGCCCUUCAUUCCCAGCUCAGGAAGAGGCAGUAGCUUAGCAUAGGGAGGUUUUGCAAUGGAAAGCUUGUAGCAAACCUUGUACCUGAGGCUGAAAUUGCAUUG